AAAAUAAUAGUUAGUGUAGUGACUAAAAAUUUAUACCAUCAUUCACGAAAAUACGAUCGACGCGAACACACGUACUAAUUUGCUAAAAACAACAAUAUCACUGUGUACACAAAUAUUAUAACAAUCGAAUUUCAAAUUGUGUGGCGGGAUUAUUGAAUUUAUUUGGUGAUUUUAUAUUUUUAAUUUAUUUCAAUUUGGUAUAAUAAUCUAUUAAAACAAUGGGUGGAUUUACACAACGUCAAUGGGUGCCAACAAAACGUCGAGGACCAAUUGCUGCUGAGAGUGCAUCACCAGGACCAGCAUUUGUUGCUUUACCAUCAUUAAUUGGCACAAAGAAUGUUCCUCAAUCAAAAUUAAAUCGAGCACCAGCAUUUUCAUUUGGUAAUCGUCAUUCCGACAAAGAUGAUACAACUGGACCGGGACCAGCACAAUAUGACGUGACGGGUUUAAGUGCAAAGGGAAAAUCAACGGCACCAUCAUUAAGCAUUCAUAGUCGUAAUAAGGAAAUGAGCAGUUUUACAACACCAGCACCUGGUGAUUAUGCACCAGAAAAAUCUGUAAAAGCAUUAUUGGAUUCAUCACCCAAAUAUACAAUUGGAUUACGACCAUCGUUAGAGAAGCAUGGUGAUACACCAGCACCAAAUGUAUACACAAUUCCAUCGACAAUUGGUGGAUGCAAAGAAGGCAAUAAACGAGCAGCUCCAUCUUAUACAAUAACUGGACGACAUAAAGAUGUACCCGAUGAACGUGUAAAAAAUCCUGGCGCAGGUUCAUAUGAUCCAACAGAUGGUUUUAUAAAACAACGCGCUCCAGCAUUCACAAUUAGUCAACGUUAUGAACCACCUAGAGAUUUAUCGGGAAAACCAGGACCUGGUGAAUAUGCUCCAGAAAAGGUUGUACUGGAUUAUCCUCCAGCGCAUAGUUUUGGAAUAAAACACUCACCAUACUCGUGGAAUUACUAAUAAUUUAUAUUAGAAGAUAAAAACAAAUUUUUGAAAUAACGUGUCAAAAUUACAUUCAGCCAAUGGAACAUGCAAUAAACUAUUAGGAGCUUAAUUAUGAAGAAAAGGUUAAUUAUUAUCAGAUUUUUCACAGAGAAAUAAUUAAGUUAAAUAACCAUGUGAAGCAAACACAAUAAAAACCAAUUAUUUAGAUUUUUAAAAUCUAGUUCGA